AGAAACCUAAGACCCCUCUAUACUUUCUUGUUACCUCCAACAAGUAGUUUAUUACUAAUCCCUUUUUGCUUAUUUUAACUAGUACUAUUAACAUUAUCUUUCUUGUUCUUAACUCCAAAUUAACAGUUCCAUUAUAUAUAUAAUACUGUACUAAUCAAGCGUAUAAUCAUACACAAAUUAGGUCAUUACCUACACUUUAAGCAAUCUGUACGGUCAUCUCUCGCUCUCCUGCUUUCAAACCCCAGCUUUCUCUAAUCUUGCAACACAGCAAAAUCAGUUUUUUUUUUCUGAUUAAUUCAGCUAAAAGGGGGUUCUUUAAACUUUUGCUGCCUUUUUCCCCCUACCCAAUUCAUUUUUCUGCAAUUUUUUUGGACUUUUAUGCUAAAAGACCAGUUCUUGAAUCAAACCCAUAUGGGUUUUAAGUUUCUUUUAUUGGUUAGAUCACCAACUGUUUGAUAUAAGUUCUGUGAGGUCCUGAAACCCAUAGGCUUAAAGUUAAUUUCUUGAACUAAUUUGUUUGAAUGGGUCAUUAGAUCUGAGGUUUAGGAAAGUGGGGUUAAGCAGAGGAAUCUAUUUGUUGUUUGUGUGAAAUCUGAUUACUUUGUUUGAAUUUGUUUAGAUAUUUUCAUAUGUUUUUUCCCCUUUUCUGUACUCCACCACAAUUUAGUCGUACAUUUUUUAUUUUUUUUUAAAUUUUCAGCAUUGCCUUUAUAGGUUAGUUUACUUGUAAUGGUUAGUUGCUUUGCAUAGUAAAAACCUAACAACAAUAAUUUUACUUUUUCGUCGGUGGAAAUUUGGAAGCUUUUGAGCUUUUAGUGCUGUUUCUACAGAAACAACCAUUUCUGCUGAUAGCCCAUAUCAUCCUUUUUUUAUUUUGAUGGUAAAGUUCCAUCCUUUUCGUUUUUUCGAGGAGAUCAAGGCGAAAAGCUUGAGUCUUGGAAGCUUUUUGCUUGCAAUUCAUUUGUAAAAUUUGGGUUCUUUUGUAUACUGGUUAUUGAGCAUGAGGAAAUAUGCCAAUUCUUAUUCAGGAAGAGUGUUUAAUGAUAAAAAUGGUAAUUCUUACUCGGGAAGGGUAUAUGGCGAUAGACACUGGAAAAUACCAUUCUUUGUGAGCUUGCUUGUGUCGAUUACGCUGUUCACAACAACGAUUUUUGGGUUAUAUUCAUCAUCCUAUGGAAGAGAUCAAGUGCAGUUGGAUAUGGUUUCUUUUGCUAGGCCUGCUGAGUCGGAUGGAUAUUUUGUGGAAUCUGAUUUCCAGUCAUUUCAAUCAAAUGGAUUUGCCAAAAAUGAGCCACCUAGGUUUGCUUAUCUCAUAUCAGGCACAAAGGGUGAUAGUCACAGAAUGAUGAGGACUUUGCAAGCAGUUUAUCACCCGAGGAAUCAGUAUAUUUUACAUAUGGAUCUUGAGGCUCCACCUAGAGAAAGGUUGAACUUAACAAUAUCGGUGAAGAAUGAUCCCACGUUCCGCAAAGUAGAGAAUGUUCGAGUAAUGGCACAAUCAAAUUUAGUGACUUAUAAGGGCCCUACGAUGUUUGCUUGUACCCUUCAAGCUAUAUCUAUUCUGCUGAAGGAAAGUGCAAAGUGGGACUGGUUUAUUAAUCUUAGUGCUUCAGAUUAUCCACUGAUGACUCAAGAUGAUUUGCUCCAUGUCUUCUCUAAUAUGUCCAGAAACCUGAAUUUUAUUGAAAAUAUGCUGCUUCAUGGGUGGAAACUGAACCAGAGAGCUAAACCUAUUAUUAUUGAUCCUGGUCUUUAUUUGUCCAAGAAAUCUGACCUUGCCACAACUUCUCAACGGCGAUCACUACCUACAGCUUUUACAUUGUUUACAGGCUCAGCUUGGGUGGUUUUGACACGCUCUUUUGUGGAGUACUGCAUAUGGGGAUGGGAUAACUUUCCAAGAACUCUGCUCAUGUACUAUGCAAAUUUUGUUUCUUCACCAGAAGGUUACUUUCACACAGUAAUUUGCAACACGGAAGAGUUCCGUAGCACUGCAAUAGGCCAUGAUUUGCACUACAUUGCCUGGGACACCCCUCCCAAGCAACAUCCUGUUUCACUGACAGUGAAGGACUUCAACAAAAUGGUUAAUAGCAGUGCACCAUUUGCUCGAAAAUUCCGCAAGGAUGAUCCUGUCUUAGACAAGAUUGACAAAGAAUUACUUGGUCGUACACAUCGUUUUGCACCAGGAGCAUGGUGUAAUGGAACCUCAGCUAAUGGAGCUGAUCCCUGCUCUGUGAUAGGAGACGACUCGGUGUUUAGGCCUGGUCCUGGAGCCAACAGGUUGCAAGAGUUAAUGAACAAACUGCUAUCUGAAGAUUUUCGUAGUAAACAAUGCUCAACUAAGAGUUAAAGAUUACUAACGUUGUUUUCUCAUUGUUCAUUAUGUUCUUUAUAUAACUAAUCAAAGAAAAUCACAAGUGAUUGUGCCUUUUGAGAUGUAGUUUUGUCUCAUAGGUGAGAGUUCAGAUGACCCCAAAUUGUACAUGAUUUGUAUGGAUAGAUCACAGUUUCAAAUGUAAAAUUUUGCUCUUUUCUUU